CUCAUACCCUGCUUACUUUAUGCCACCUGUCGUCUAUAUUCUCUAUCCCUCAGAAUGCCAUUCUUAAGCUACUCACGUGCGCUAUUGCUUAAGAAGGAGCUACAUGAAACAAAUGCAGAAGUGAUUACGCCGGAUGAUGAAAAUUAUGCGGAGAGCAUCACCCGGUUCAGUGAGUCAUGCGAGAGAGAGGCUGGCGCCGUAGUUCGAGUCACUUCUACUAAUGAGGUGUCGAAAGUGGUUGGCUUUGCUACUAAACGACAUAUCCCUUUCGUCGUUCAGGGCGGCGGCUAUAGCACAAGUGGAGCUUCCUCGACUCAUGGCGGAAUUGUGAUCAGCCUGUCUAAAAUGUCCAACGUUGUUGUUGACCCAGCCUCUCAAACAGUGGCUGCCCAGGCAGGUGCAACAUGGAGCGAUGUUGACACGGCCGCAGCCAGCUUUCAACUAGCCGUUGUUGGAUGUACUGUAAACCAGACAAGUGUGGGCGGCACAGCAUUGGGAGGUGGAUAUGGCUGGCUCACUGGACGCCACAGCCUGAUAAUAGAUAAUCUACUCAGCGUAAAAAUGGUAUUGGCCGAUGGCAGUAUCGUUAUGGCAUCUGGAUCGGAAAAUCCUGAUCUUUUUUGGGCCAUUCGAGGCGCAGGGCAGGAUUUUGGCGUUGCCACAGAGCUUGUCUUCAGGGCCCACUCACAAAGGAAUAAGGUUUUUGGAGGACUGCUAUACUUUACCGUUGACAAGCUGCCCAAAAUUGUGGAGUUUGCCAAUCGUUUUGAGCAGCUUUCAACUGGCAACGAAGGCCUUUUUUUUGGAUUCGCGGUCCCAUCUCCGAUGGAAGUCCUCAUGAUCUUUGUCAUCCCAUUCUACAACGGCCCAAGAGAGGAGGCGGAGAGCUUCUUCCAACCAAUUCUGGCGCUAGACGCGGUUGUUAGCGAGACUAAUAUGAUGCCUUACCCCGAAAUCAAUACCCUUAUGAACAGAGCUGCUAGGUUUGGGGGACGCAAGAGGUUUGGUGCGACAAAUGUGACUCUGCCACUGGACCUCCAAUUUCUUAAGGAGUUAUAUACAGACUUUGACAACAUUAUUAAUAUGUAUCCUCGUGUGAACGAGAGUAUUGUGGUGUUUGAGUUAUUGCCUUAUAACCAAGUGAUCAAAGUAUCUAACGAUGCAACCGCAUUCGCGAAUCGGGGGAAGUACUACAAUGCCGGUUUGAUGUUUUGUUGGCAUCACGCCGAGCUGGACUAUAAGAUGCGAUCCUUACAGCAGGACAUGGCGCAUAAAAUCGGGGAACGUGCGGGUGUCGCGAGAAGUACCGAACUGGGUGAUGGGGUUGGCGUCUAUGCAAACUAUGCUGGGCACGAAGUCAAUUCCAAGCAGAUUUUCGGUGACAACAUUGCUCGGCUGCAGAAACUGAAAAUUAAAUAUGAUCCGAAUAAUGUCUUCCGGAAAUGGCAUGACAUGUUUCUUCAUACGAAUACUAGCUAG